CCUUGGCGUGAUCACCUCAUGUUAUGUUGGUUCGUAACCUCUGGGGUAAGAGCCCUGGGUGUAGGCCUAAUCCAACAAGGAACGACCUUGCCUGCUACCUCGAUCUAUCCCUUCAUCGUCGAUGUGACCAACCUGGAUUCCUUAGCCUGCGAUUACACGGUACAUAUACAUGCGCGCACGAAGGAAAUCGGAGCCUGACCACGUCAAGAAAGGAAUUCGAGCAUGGCCUUAUAUACACAACUACUUGGCGCGCCAUAUCUCCAACCAUCCGUGCUUACCAGGACCAAACGAGCAGCACAGGAGGCAGAGCAGCGGAGCCCCCACACAUGGCCACGUCGAUGCUGAAGUCGGCGGCGUACGAGCGGAUGCGCGCCGAGAACCUGCCGGAGUUCGUGCCGCGGAGCGUCUUCUUCGCGCGCGGCGAGGGCAGCGAGGUGGACCGCCGCAGCAGCCUCUGGGUGAAGGCGGCGCUCGUCUACGAGUCCAUCACCGGCCGCCACGUCGACGACGGGGCCAAGCCGGUCGCCACCGCCUUGCUCCUCCGCCUGGCCCAGGCCUGCUCCUCCAGCAUCCACGGCAACGGUCCGGCUGUUCCGGCGGCCUCGUCGCCAAAUGGCGUCGCUGGCAAAGAUGGCACUACUGGAGGGGAGAAGUCAGAGAACCAGCAAGAGAUCAGCACCAGCCAAGGGGAUCAAGAAGAGGCGACCAAGACGACGGAUCAUCAGCUUCAGCUCCCGGCGGACGAAGGGUCAGAGGAGAACAAGCGAGUGAUCGACGCCAUCUUCCUCGUCGUGGGCUUCCUCCCGAGGCUGCUCCCCGUCAGCGGCGCCGGCAACAAGGUCAGCCGCGACGCCGUGGACGAAGCGUUCAAGUCGACGCACAUGCAGGACAUCGUGACGGACGUGAUCAAGCUGGAGAACCAGCUCCCCCUCAGCGACCUGCUCCUCGUGGCCGACCGCGUCGAGGACGCCGUCCACGCCGUCGCCGCCAACGACCUCGGGGUCGUUAAAGAGCUCCAGGGGCUCGAGGAGGAGCGGCUCAAGGGGUACAAGCUAGGCUUCUCCCGCGCCACCUUCUUCCACGACGUCGUCCGCUCCUUCUGCUGGUACUACUCGCCCUUCUUCAGCAAGCUUCCUGCUGCGCCUCAGGACGGCGGCGCCAUUGCUGACGAUUCCCUCACGCUGCUGGACUUGCUGCACGCGAGCGUGGUGCCGGCGCCGGGGAAGAAGGAGAAGGGGACGGGCGUCUCCGGAGGGAAGACGUCCCGGAUGCCGACGGCGCGGGAGCUGAGCCGGUCCGGGGUGCGGAUCGCGGCGGUGGAGGACGGGCGCGCGACGGUGGAGUUCGACGAGCAAUCCUCGACGCUGCGGCUGCCGGCGCUGGCACACGACUUCAAGCUGGCCACGGUGGGGCGGAACCUGCUGGCGAAGGAGCACGGGCAGCCCGGCGACGGGCAGAGCAAGAAGCCCGUGACGCGAUACUUCCAGAUGAUGAACGAGCUGGUGGAGGAAGCCGGUGACGUCAGGGUGCUUCUCCGGGCCGGCGCCGUGCGCUGCGGCGGCGGCGGCACAGCGCAGGAGGUGUGCGAGCUGGUGAAGAGGAUCGACGGGUACGCGACGUACCCGUCGGUGUUCAUGGCCAUGGACGUGCAGAUCGAGAAGGUGAGGAGGUUCCACGACAAGAGGAUGCAGAGCUUCUUCGUGCGCUACCGCCCUGGUGUCAUUUGGGCGUCGUCCGUCGCCGCUGUCUCAGUCGUCGCCAUCGUCGCCGCCAGGAGGAAUCGGGGGUGAUAUUAACCAAGGCGAUCACAGGUUAUAUAUACAGUCGAUGCAAACAUUCAUGUAUUCAUUCAUCACGAGACUGUACAUGUGUAAUUCAUGUUACGUGUUGGUGUUACAGCUAUAUAAGAACACUUAUUAGGCGUCAGAAA